AUGCCCGUCUCCCACCUCACCCUGACGGUUGCUCACCUGCCUACCUCCACAUCUUUCUUCCUUUCCUGCCUACAACCUCUGGGGUACCAAUUCAUUGGACGUCACGAUGACUACAUUGGUUUCGGUCAAAAGACCGGCGAGCCUGCAGAUUUCUGGAUCACGGAACAAAAACCUGGCGUACCUGCAGGUGCCGCUCAUGUCGCCUUUCCUGCAGCAUCCAAGGAUGCUGUGAGCACCUUCUUUAUCAAUGCCCUCAAGGCAGGAGGCAAGAUCCAUGGCGAGCCCAAGCAACGUGACUCCGACUCUGGUUACUACAGCGCCGCCGUCAUCGACUUUGAUGGCAACAGCAUUGAGGCAGUAUACCGGCCUAGCAUCUCAUCAGCCCGCUCAGAGGUCCGGUCCGUGGCCAAGUCGGAAGCCAGAUCUGAAGCCAGGUCUGAGCUCACUAGGCCAGCCCUGGCUUUGCUCGAGAACGGCUCGGUUGUAUCGAAGGCGACCAGCAAAGCCAGCUCCGUCCGUCCCGAGAGUGUUGCGCCUCCCAAGUCUGAAGCUCGCUCGUAUGUUUCCAGGUCCUCGACGGCCGUGGACAGAGCGCCUCCCCCGUACGAGCGCGCGCCGUCCACCAUCAGCGUUAGCCGUGAAUCCCAGCAGCCUCGCGAGAUGCAGCCAGCCCCGUCGCCCACGUAUAUUGUGCACCACACAACUCACACCACCACUCAGCAGAAGACUGACGAUGGUAAGACGGCCAAGACCAUUGUCGGUACCCUGAUUGGCGCAGCGGCUGGCGCUGCACUCGCAUAUGCCAUGACCAAGUCCGACUCCUCCGAACAACAUUCUGAGGGCAGUACCCCUCCCCCGCAGUAUUCGCCGCGGGACAUUGUCCAGAUGCUCUCUCCGUCCCAAGCACCCUCUCAAGCCCAGGAAGAAUACCCUGGCUACAAGGCUAUCGAGGCUCCUCCCCCGCGGAGCGUUUAUUCUUCUCGGUCGGAUGCCCGCCCGGGCCUCACCCGCAGUGUUACCUCGAAGAACCCUCGCGCAGACACCAUCUACGAGGGCACGGAGUUUGUUCCACGCGGUGGCAGCGUCUACCUCGAUGAGAAUGGCCGUCGGGCCUCCGAGGGCAGCGUGUACACCACCAAGGAUAUCCCCCUGCGGGCGAUCGAGUAUGCCCCGCCGGCCGAUUCCCGUGGCUACCAGAGCACCCUGGUCAGCAGCUUCCGUGAGGAUAAGUCGCGGGCGAUGGAUGGUGGCAGUGUCUACUCAUCCGCCACGGUUCGGCCUCCCUCCAAGGCCAACUACCAAGAGUCCCAUCACAGCUCUCAUCACUCCUCGCACCAUUCCUACCACUCCGUGAGCCGAUCGCAAGCCGGCAGCACCGCCUCUUCCAACCGCACUGCCCGCCAGGUUCCUCUCCCUGAGGGAUCCAUUGCCUCUUUCGCCUCCUACCGCAGCGGUGCCAAAUCGGGCGUCUCCGCUCGUGAGGUUCCUCUUCCCGAGAGUGUCGUCGACCUCGACGUCCAGAGCCACGUCACCCCUGACGACUCGAUCAGUCAAGUGGACGACUCCCGGCGGUCCUCCUACUCGCACCGGUCGCAUGCUUCCAAGAGCCCUUCCAAGGUGUCGAAGCACUCCAAGUUCGACGAGCCCGUCAAGCCCAGCGACAGUGUCAGCCAAGUCUCUACCAACGUCUCCAGAGCGUCUCAGCGGACCAUGAAGGCCGGUGGUAGUGGUGGUGGCGGCAGUGUCGCACCGUCCAAGGCUGCCUCGAAAGUGAGUCGCCGAACUGCCAGCCAGGUGGCUUAG